AUGCGUCUUGCCGGCCUGAUCUUCGUCCUCUACACCCUGCUGCUCACCGCAGCAGCGGCUGCCGACCCGAAAGACACCAAAGAUGCCGCCGCAAAUGAUCUAGGGGAUCUGCUGGAUACAAGCUCGUCUCCAGCCGAUAACACGGCGACCACCACAACCACAUCCAGCACGUCUUCCGAGCCCUCCGAAACAUCCACACCCACCACCACCACUACCAGCAGCAGCAGCAGCACCACUACCACGACCACCAUCACCACUUCCUCGUCCAGCUCUUCAUCCGAGCCCACCACUACCUCCUCUACUACCACCACAACCACCUCCAAAGAGCACACGUCCACGACGUCAUCCGAAACCACCACCCAGAAGCCCGUCGUCAAGACCCUCACUGAGACCAUCAACGGACACACCCAGCCCACCGUGGUGACAAGCACCCCAGCAGCUGCAGAGACCUCCCCCAGCCUGAACAGCGGGGGCAGCGGCUCCAGCAGCAGCGGCGGCGGCCUGUCGGACACCCAGAAGAAGAUCGUGAUUGGUGUCGUGGUGGGCGUCGGCGGUGCGAUUUUGAUCGGCGCCCUAGCUCUGGUGAUCUGGCGCAUCCAGAAGAAGCGCAAUGAGCAGAACGGCGAUGAGGAUGAUGAUCUGAUGGGCGGAACUGCCCUUGGCUCGGGUCCGCGCGAGAAGGUCCCCAGCCCGUCCUCGAAUGCUACCCCGUUCAAGAGCACGCUGGACCAGUAUCACAACCCUGGCCCCGUAAACGCUGCAUCGAAUUUCUAA